AUGCUGGUUCUCCUGAUGCUGGCCCUCCAGCCGCACAAGCUCCAAAUUCACCAGGUGUACCCAGUUAUCAUGGCCUACCUCACCCCGCUCCCUUUGAUAACGACCAGGGGUUGGGCCCACUACGGGCCCCCAAUAAUACCCCCCAGUUUCCCCAACCGCUACCCACCCCAGCAAGCCAUCACAGUAUCCUACCAGCUGUCGAUGGAGCCCCUUUGA